AUGUCUCCCCAAACCACUCCCAGCACAGCGUCCAACCAGCACCAUCCAAACACGCACACUUCGUCUAGAUCGAGUACGAGUGCUACGAUCUUUCUCGCUUCGGUUGUCGCUUUACUCGCGGCGGCUGCUAUAGCUGUUUUCUUUGGAAACGAAGACACAGCUGGUUUGUUCAGAUUACGCCGGUUUUUCGGGGGAGGGGUUGCCUCUUCACGAUCUUCUUCUAUACUACGACAGACUUCCCCUGCGGUUCAAGGGUUCUCGAGCUCAGCGCUUGCUGCAGACGAGAUCAAGAUGCGCACGCCGGUUUAUUUCCUCAGUCAUGGUGGUCCAAACGUCAUGUACCAAGUGGACCACCCGGCCUACAAAAGGCUCGGCCAAAUAGGCCGCGAGAUUACGACCAAGGUCAAGCCGCGUGCUGUGGUGGUCUUCUCGGCGCAUUGGCAGGCGUCCCAGGACACGAUCCAGGUGAAUACGGCAGAGAUUACGGAUUUGAUUUAUGAUUUCUAUGGAUUUCCAGGCCAUUAUUAUAAAGAGAAGUAUCCGAAUGUGGGUAGUGCGGAGGUUGCGAAGAAGGUACUUGACGCGCUCGGUGCGGCGGGGAUUAAGGCCAAGGGGGUGAAGAGGGGUCUGGAUCAUGGUGUUUGGGCGAGUUUUAAGUGCGCAUUCGAGCCUGACGAGAAUCCUUUGAAUGUCCCCAUUGUCCAGGUUUCGCUCUUCAAAACAGAAGACCCAGUUCAGCACUACCGUCUCGGUCAAGCAGUCUCCCACCUUCGGGACGAUAAUAUCCUCAUUAUUGCCUCUGGCAUGGCAGUUCACAAUCUGCGCGAUAUGAUGUUCAGCUUUGGAGAUCCCAGGCCGCUCCCGUAUACUGCUAGCUUCGAUGAAGCUCUGAAAGACGCGGUGACAAGCGUCCCUGAAGACCGAGAGAAGGCCAUGGCGGAGUUGCUGAAGCGGCCUGAUGCCAGACAGGCCCAUCCGUACUUUGACCACCUGCUUCCGAUCCACAUCGGAGCUGGAGCUGCGGGUGAGGAUCGCGCAAAGAGACUCUGGACGCUGGGAGAAGGGAGCAUGAGCUGGGCGCAAUAUAGAUUCGGGGAGGUUGCCAAUAGCAGUGGCAGUUUGUAG